AUGGCCUGCUGUCACACCAGCUUCUGUGGGUUCCCCAGCUGCUCCACCGGCGGGACCUGUGGCUCCAGCUGCUGCCAGCCAAGCUGCUGUGAGACCAGCUGCUGCCAACCUACCUGCUGCCAGACCAGUUGUUGUGGCACUGGCAGUGGCAUCGGCUGUGGCCAAGAGGGUGGCUGUGGAGGCAUGACCUGCCGUGUCAGGUGGUGCCGCCCAGACUGCAGAGUGGAGGGCACCUGCCUGCCCCCCUGCUGUGUGGUGAGCUGCACCCCCCCAACAUGCUGCCAGCUGCACCAUGCCCAGGCCUCCUGCUGCCGUCCAUCCUACUGUGGACAGUCCUGCUGCCGCCCUGCCUGCUGCUGCUACUGCUGCUAA